GCGAGGAGGUGGAGUCGGGUUCAGAGGGAGGAAAACCCAGCAGAAGAGCAGGAAAAAAGAGAAAAACCACCAGACACAACAACAUCGGGGGGAGGACGGUGGAUUAACUGUGCCAACUGAGGCGAUUCACAUCAAGAACAACCGCCGCUGUGAAGAAGGGAGGACGGCAAGAUGAUAACGCCCUAUUUCCUGGAAAAUUUUUGGGGCGAUAAAAACAAUGGAUUUGAUGUCCUCUACCAUAACAUGAAACAUGGCCAGAUAUCCAGCAAGGAGCUAUCAGACUUCAUCAGAGAAAGAGCCACCAUAGAAGAGGCAUAUUCAAGAUCAAUGACCAAACUAGCCAAGACUGCCAGCAACUUCUCUCAGCUCGGGACGUUUGCGCCGGUGUGGGACGUGUUUAAACAGUCCACGGAGAAACUGGCAGCGUGUCACAUGGAGCUGGUCCGCAAACUGCAAGAGCUCAUCAAGGAAGUCCAGAAAUAUGUAGACGAACAAGCCAAAAAUCAUAAGAAGACAAAGGAGGAAGUGGCGUCAACGCUGGAGGCAGUGCAGAACAUUCAGAGCGUCUCGCAGGCUUUGCUGAAGAGCAAAGAAAACUACAUCAACAAGACACUCGAGCAAGAGCGCAUGCGCAAAGAGGGAGCCAAACAGGGAGACCUGGACAAGGCUGGAUUGAAGGUCAAGAAAGCCACUGAGUCUUAUAAGUCAUAUGUGGAGAAAUACGCCACUGCCAAAACUGAAUUUGAGCAAAGAAUGACAGAAACUGCACAAAAAUUCCAAGGCAUUGAAGAGGAACAUAUUCUGCGCAUGCAGGAGAUCAUUCAUUCAUACUCUCUGUCUGUUGAAGAGACGCACACACAGAUAGGAGAGGUGCAACAAGAGUUUGUGAACAACAUGGAGAACACAUCCGUUGAGAGCCUCAUCCAGAAACUGGCAGAAAGCAAAGGGACGGGCAAAGAGAGACCAGGGCCCAUCGAAUUUGAGGAAUGUAAUGUCUCGAUUGCUACAGAAGGUGCUAAACCCAGAAAAAGGAAAACCUUUGCCAUACCAGGCAGACGGAAAGAAAAAGACACCGAUUCCACAGAAUCAGCCGAAGUAGAAGCAGUUAACGCGUCCAACGGUGCUCCCCCGGGUUUCUACGGUGCUAUAGAUCUUCAUAACGCCAAUGUGCCUCAGCUGGACGAGGAGGGCUUCUGUAUCCGACCAGAAGUCAACGAGAAUGAUGCCAAAGAGAACUCGUUUUAUUCAUCUAGUGACUCAGAAGAUGAGGACGAGCCAAGAAAGUUCCACGUCCAGAUCAAACCAGUGCAGACCAACAACGGCACACACCAGCACAAAGUCACAAUCGAUGAGCUGAAGGCCUCCAUAGGAAACAUCUCCCUCUCACCCACCCCUGCUGUUCAUAUGAAGAGGAACCAGUCCAGAAUGACACGACAGCACACUUUUCCUUCAAUGAAUCCAAAGUCAGAUGAUGAACUGGCACGACCCAAGAUCCCACAGCCACCCUUAAAUGAUAGAUUUGCCAGUAAUGACCUGCUGUCUUUGGAUCCAUUUGGCCCGACCAGUACCAGCUCCUCUCUACCACAAUCAUCAGACCUGGCUUCUCUCUUCUUAAUGUCUUUCCCCACAUCUCCCCCACUGCAGUUAAAUGAUGAGGUUUUUGAAGACCCAGAAAUGGAUGUACAGCCGGAGCCCACCUCUCCUUCAGCAGUCAGUCUUGAGGUUUCCGACGCUCCUGCUUUCCCUCUUCCCCCUAAAUUCUCCCCUCCUGCCACUUUUACAAAACCCUGCACCCCACCAUUCCCUGCUCUCCCCUCUCCACCCUCCACCUCUCCUUGGGACUUCCCGAAUGAGGUCGUUGCCCGUCUCCAUCCUGGCCCGCCUCGAGCUCUCAGCGUCCCUCCAGCUCUUCAGCCUGCUGCUAAAGACUACAUUACCCAGAAACCCCCUCUCAGCGCUCCAGCCACUGGACCAGACGUGCUUUCAUCCUGGGCCCAAAGCCAAUGGAUUGCCUUUAAUGAUGCCUUUGUGCCAUGUCGUGGACCGUCCCAGCAGCCAACAAGGCCCCGGUCAGUGCCUGUGUCUCAACAACCCAAGCUUUUCUCCGGUGACCCAUUUGGCAGCACAAGGAGAGAGGAGAGCCACUUUCUGAAGGAAACACCAGCCUGGCCCUUGCAGGAUGUUCCGCCUCCAAACAGACCGACCACUCCCCUGGGCACAUCAUCUAUAGUCCCGCCUCCAAGACCAUUAUCACGGCCCAAACUGGCCACGGGCAAGCUGACUGGCAUCACUGAGUCUGGCCGGCCGUUCAGUCCUCCUAAGCUGUUAAACUCCAGUCCUCCUCCUGCUGCUCCGCUGGCUCGUGCCGAGAGCUCCUCUUCUCUCAGCUCCAACACCUCUCUGAGCGCCAGCAACACACCCACUGUCGAGGACGAUGUGUUCGUGGGGAAACUGCCCACGUUUGAGAAGAGAUGUGAGACUCCGGCAGGAACAUCUCGUGGGCCCAGUCCAGUGACUCUAGCUUCCCAAGAUGCAUUGCCUAUUGCGGUAGCAUUCACGGAGUCAGUCAAUGCCUAUUUCAAAGGAGCAGAUCCAAGCAAGUGCAUAGUGAAGAUCACAGGAGACAUGACCCUGUCCUUCCCCAGUGGCAUCAUCAAGAUUUUCACCUCUAGUCCUUCUCCUGCUGUACUCAGCUUCAAACUCUUAAACGCCAGCAGAUUAGAGCAAAUCAUGCCCAACCAGCAACUACUGCACAGUGACUCCUCCCAGAGUGACACAAACACAAAGGACUUCUGGCUGAAUAUGCCUGCAUUAACGUCGUUCCUCAGGAAGAGCUCUGAGCAAAACCCUGCCGCAUCCUAUUACAACGUGGACAUCCUGAAGUACCAGGUGUGUUCAAAUGGGAUUCAGUCGACGCCUCUGAACCUGGUGGUGUAUUGGAAGUGUUCUCGUAGCACUACAGACUUGCGAGUGGACUACAGAUACAAUCCAGAGGCCAUGCAGCCGCCCGCACCUCUCACCAAUGUACAGGUGUUAGUGCCCGUCAAUGGUGGGGUGAUGAACAUGCAGUCUCUCCCCAGUGCCAUCUGGAACGCAGAACAGAAUAAGUCCUUGUGGAAACUGAGUGACAUCUCAGACAAGUCUGAAAAUGAAGGCUCUGGUUUACUGAGGGCAAAGUUUGAGCUGUCUGAAGGUCCAUCCAUCCCUGCUACCCUAGCGGUUCAGUUCUUCAGCGAGGGCAGCUCUCUCUCUGGGGUCGAUAUGGAACUAGCUGGCUCCGGAUAUCGGCUCUCCCUCAAUAAAAAGAGAUUUGCCACUGGCCGCUACAUGGCUGACUGCUGAGAUCUGAGGUCUGUGCGCUUCCAAACACAGGGAUUCUGGAGGUUAAUUUCUGUUCAUUCAUCUAUUCUAUCGCUGGUUCUCAAUGAUAUCGAUGGAGGAUCGUUAGGGGGGAUGGAAAACGAGGGCUGUCUGGGUGAAGGCCUCUCAUGCUUCUGUUUCCUCUCCACGUUCUCAACGAUCCAGAUCCAGUGAAGCACUUUUCUGGAGAAUCGAGAUUUUUAUACUACAGUAACGUAGCACUGAGUAUCAAACACUGUGUACAAAGAAAAAUAAAAAAAGAAACAGAAAAGAAAAAAAAGAAGGAAUGUCAGGAGAUCGGUGAAUGAAAUUAUUAAUCGUUUUGAUCUAUUCAGACUUUUAUAAAGUCAGAACGGUAGCGUUUGUUAUUUUGAUAUGUAUAGUUAACAAUUUGUAAUAUGAAUUGUGUAUAAACGUACACCAUAUCUAAGCAAAAAAAAGGACAAAAAAAAUGCACUAACAAUCGUUCUGGAUGUUUGUUAAGCAUUCAUUUCUCCAUUUGUAUUCACUGAAAAGUCAGUCACAGUGAAAAUGAGGAGAACAAAACGGAGAAUAAAAGGAGAGAAAAUGCUUCAGCGAUAGAUCACUUCACACUCACAAGAAAGCCUUACUUCUUGAAUGCCACAGUCUUUUCCAUAGCUGAGCAUUGCACAUCUGUCUGCUACAUUUACAUGUAUUUCCCCUAAAAUCUAUUGUUUAACGUUUCUUCUUUUCGUUUUGAAUGUGCAAUGAAGGUAAAAGCUUUCAAAAAUACACUUUGUUUUAAGUUUAGUGCCAUUUUCACUUUAGCAAUGUCAAAAAACCUACUAGUUAGUCACAUGUCUUGCUUAACAGCAAAGGAAAACUUAUAGACUGACCUCAGUGCCUCUUUUCUGUUACUUAAAAUAAUCGAACAGGAAAACAAGGGCAUGUUUAAGUCUAAAAGAACCCCCCUUUUUUAGAUGGUGACCUUUUCUCUUUCUAUUUUCAGUGCCAGUUCAGUUCGUUAUGCUUCCUGAUGGGAUACCGAAGGGAAAACACUGCCUAAACUUUAGCCUUGGUCCUUCAAACUCCUAUUCAGGGCUUUACCUAAACAGUUGUCAUUGUAGAUGUCCUCCGAGUGCUUCUAUAAGCUCAGGCCUUAUAGAUGGCAUGUCAGUAUCAACCAAAAUAUCCAUAGCAAUUAUUCACUGUGAUAUUAUCCAAAUUACAAGCACUGACCUGACUGUUUAGAGGGAUCUUUGUUGAUGAACAGACCAAAAUGUUUUGAAUCUUUCCAUAUUAAUAUAAAUUACAGACGUGCACGUUUUCAGUGUAGCUUCUUCACAUCAGACUACCAUUGUAAUGUUAAGGGACAGCGUUUUCAUGUUUUCACCAAAUGUGCCGUCACGUCUAUUUUAAUAUAUUACUAAUAACCCGUUAGUUUCUUAAAUGAUGGCUCAAAUGAUGUAAUCGCUUUGAGCAGGUUUGCCAAAUAUAGAUGGAAAAGCACAAUGAUGCAAUGAGCCAAUGGAUGAGAAAAC